GAGUCGUCUUGCCUAUACAAAGGAAGACCACGCGAUUACUUCUAUCCUUUUCUUUCUCUUCCAUACUUCUCUACCGUUCAUCCGAAUUCCGACCGAUCUCAACUCUCCCACUUCUCUAUCGUCCCUCCGUCGUCAUCAUGUCACGAACAAGGGUUUUGCUGGUUGGCGCCGCUGGGGAGACGGGAGGUUCGAUCGCAAAGGGUCUAUUGGAAAACCCAACUUUUGAACUCUUUGCUCUCGUUCGUCCCCGAUCGGUGCAGAAACCAGCCAUUGUGGCCCUCCAGGAGCGGGGCGCUCAUAUCCGUCGUUGUGACUUGAGGGGCUCUGAAGAUUCUUUAGUGGAUGCUCUCAAUGGCAUUGACGUCGUCAUCAGUUGUGUUGGCCCAGCUGAGCAGCAAGAUCAAAUUCCUCUGGCCAAGGCGGCCAAGAAGGCAGGGGUGAAGCGGUUCGUUCCGUGUGGCUUCAUCACCGUGGCGCCUCCUGGUGGGAUCAUGUGGCUGCGCGAUGAGAAAGAAACCGUCUACAAUCAUAUCAAGCAGCUCUUCCUGCCCUACACCAUCAUCGAUGUUGGUUGGUGGUACCAGCUGUCCUAUCCCCGCCUGGAAUCAGGCCGCGCCGACUACGCCAUGACGUCGGCCAACAACGAGAUCGUCGGCAAUGGCAAUACCCCGAUCGCCCUCACCGAUUUGAGAGAUAUUGGACGCUACGUCGCCUUGAUCAUCGCCGAUGACCGCACCCUGAACAAGAUGGUUUUCGCCUACAACACCCUGACCACCCAGAACGAGAUUUAUGCCACGAUGGAGGAGCUCAGUGAAGAGAAGGUCACCCGCAACUACAUCUCCGAGGAAUCCGUCUACACCCGGGUCCUGACCGCCAGACAAUCCAGCGAGACGUAUCCCUUCGAUCCCGUCAAGUUCAUUCCGCGAUACCUGGCCGAGUACCAGCUCUCCUGGGGCAUCCGCGGCGACAACAGUCCCGACUACGCCAAGUAUCUCGGCUACCUGACCUCGAAGGAGCUCUAUCCCGAUUUCCAACCGGUCGACUUCCGCGAUUACCUCGAGACCGUGGUCCGCGGCACCGCCAAGGGCGUCUACACCGAUCGGACCGUCUCCAAGGCGCACCAGCGAAUGUUCCCCCGCACCGAGUCCACCGACUCGCUGUACACCCGCAUCUUCCCCCGCACUGAAUCCAGCGAUUCGCUCUACAUGACGCGGUAAAUGUCGCAGGGUUCGCUGGCGGGCACACGGCGUCUUGAUCGAGUUUGAUGAUAUCUUUUGCUUUGGGGGUUCUUUUUUUCGUUCGUGGAGGGAAACUGUGUUUUCUCAUGAACGAGAUACACCACUUUUCUAUUCUAGUUCUGUUCAUACUGCUUGUUUCUUGUUUCCUUUUAUCCUUUUUUUUAACUCUCCCAUUCGCGUUCAUGCACUGGGGAUUAGACGGGCGUUCUCGUUUUGUUAUCUUUCUUUAUUCUAUUAUCAAGGGGAAUCAGGGAUUGAUUCAGGAUACUAUACCCAUUCCACCUGCUAGCAGUGCGGAUACGGGGAUUUCUCCAGGUCCCCGUGAUAGGCUGGCACUACGGACAAUACAUACCCAUCGGUUUUAUUUUACUAGUUUUUUUACUACGUAGAGAGUGGAUGGUUUC